CACCACUUGUACUCACCAAAUUGCAAGAAAUCAAUUCCAUUUGCAAAUUUAUAAAGUCCAAUACUAUUAUGGCUAGCCUCAAGGUUGCAUGUGUGGUUACUUUGGUGUGCAUGGCCUUGGUGGGUGCACCAAUGGUCCAGGCCAUCACAUGUGGUCAAGUGGUUAGUGCACUAACACCAUGCAUAGGGUACCUACGAAUGGGGGGAAAUCCUACACCAGCAUGUUGUAGUGGGGUUAGGAACCUUAACCAGGCUGCUGCCACUACUGCCGACCGUAAGACUGCCUGUGUCUGUCUAAAAAAUGCGGCCGGCAAUAUUGGUGGCAUCAGCCCUACCUAUUCUCAGUCACUUCCUGGCAAAUGUGGGGUUAACCUCCCUUAUAAGUUCAGCACUUCCACCAAUUGUAACACCAUCAAUUAAGAUAUGAAAAGAUGUGUUAGAGAGGAAGCGGAUUCCACUCAGCCACUUCCUACUUUGGAGAUUAUGACACACUUCAGUUUCCGUUGCAUUAUUAAUUAAUUAUUUACUAAGAAUAAAGGGAUAUGAUGGCCACUAGGACCUCCACUUAGGCGAGUUCCUCAUGUAUUAGCGUGUCCCAUUGUUUUUUUUAUUUAAUUCGCUCUCCUUCUUGGUGGUUUAAUCAGUUGGUUGUUGAAUGUAUUAAUCGCUUAUUUUAUAUAUAGUAAUUACUCCACUUUGUUUUUA